AUGUUGGUACGUGGAGCUAGAAGAAACGUUGCCAGACUCGCCCAAUUGCCCGUAAUUAGAGCCUCCUAUGUGCGUUUGAACAGCACCGCGGCUUCUCCCGCCCCUGUGGACCCUAAAAUUGCCAAAAUCGUGGAAGAUAUCUCGAAGUUGACCCUUCUAGAGACAAGUUCGCUAAUUAGCGAACUGAAAACUCAACUAAACAUUCCUGACAUUGCUAUGCCCGUUGCAGGUGCUGUGCCCGCCGGUGGUGCCGCUCCAGCAGCUGCUGAAGAAGCCAAGGAAGAAGAAGUGAAAGAAGAAAAGACAAUCUUCUCUAUAAAGCUCGAGUCUUUUGACGCUAAGUCUAAGCCAAAGGUCAUUAAAGAAGUGAAAAAUCUACUGGGACUGUCAUUGGUGGAAGCCAAGAAGUUUGUGGAAGCGGCCCCUAAGGUAUUGAAGGAAAAUGUGGCUAAGGAGGACGCCGAUAAGAUUAAGGCCGCUUUGGAAGGUCUAGGUGCCAAAGUCGCAUUGGAGUAA